GAUGAGACAGAGGUGGAUUUGAGAAAAUUAAAUGAUGAUUCAUAACUCACUCUGUGGAUCAACAUCUGUAUCUGUUUUUAGAUGAAACCAUGACCUCCAGAAUGAAUCUCUCUAAAGAAAAUAAAACAAAGAUAAAGACAGCCAAGAGUCUGUUGCAGAAUGAAUCUCCUGAACCCAGCUGUGUGUCCAUGAAGAGUGACAAGUCAAUGGGUCCUCCAAUUAAUUUCAGUUUGGGAGACUCAUCUGCUGAUCUGAGUCAAAAACAUAAAGGAUCAGAUUCACAUCCAGCAAAGAAGAACUUAGACUCCAUUUUCAAGGAGCUAGAGCAGAAAAUAAUUUCUGAGUUAAAAGGUUUUAAGAGACUACUGAGUCCAGAUUACCCAGAAUGCUUUGAAAGAGACCAUUAUGAUGAUGAGGGUCAUAACAGAGUCAGAGAGGGGCUUCUGAAGAUCACACUGCACAUCUUGAGGAAGAUGAACCAGACAGACCUCGCUAACACACUACAGACCAAACUGAUGCCUGUGUAUCAACAAAAACUCAAAUCCAGACUACAGGACAAAUAUCAGAGAGUCAGUGAAGGAAUGUCCAAUCAUGGAGACUCAACACGUCUGAAUGAGAUCUACACAGAGCUCUACAUCACAGAGGGAGGGAGUGGAGAGAUCAAUAAUGAACAUGAGGUGAGACAGAUUGAGACAGUGUCCAGGAGACCAGAGACACAAGAAACACCAAUCAACUGCAAUGACAUAUUUAAACCCUCACCUGGACAAGACAAACCCAUCAGGACUGUGCUGACUAAAGGAGUCGCUGGAAUUGGAAAAACAGUCUCUGUGCAGAAGUUCAUUCUGGACUGGACUGAAGGAAAAGCCAAUCAGGAUGUUCAUUUCAUAUUUCCACUUCCUUUCAGGGAGCUGAAUUUGAUACAGAAAAAUCUCAGUCUUAAGAAACUUCUAAAUCAGCUUCACAAAGAAACCAAAGAAUUUAAGUCAGUAGAUUAUGAUGAUUACAAAGUCAUGUUCAUAUUUGAUGGUCUGGAUGAGUGUCGACUACGUCUAGAUUUCCUAAACAAUCAGAGCUUGUCUGAUGUAACAGAAUCAGCCUCAGUGGAUGUGCUGCUGACCAACCUCAUCAAGGGGAAUCUACUUCCUUCUGCUCUCCUCUGGAUCACCUCUCGACCAGCAGCAGCCAAUCAGAUCCCUCCUGAGUGUGUCGACCAGGUCACAGAGGUACGAGGAUUCAACGACCCUCAAAAGGAUGAAUAUUUCAGGAAGAGAAUAAACGAUCAGAGUCUGGCUGAUAGAAUCGUCACACACAUCCGAUCAUCAAGAAGUCUGUUCAUCAUGUGUCACAUACCAGUCUUCUGCUGGAUUUCAGCCACUGUUCUAGAGAGGAUGAUGGGUAAAGCAGAGAGAGCAGAGAUUCCCAAGACUCUCACACAAAUGUUCACACACUUCCUGAUCUUUCAGACCAAACUGAAGACACAGAAGUAUGAUGGUAAAUAUGAAAUCGAUCCUGAUCAGGCUAGAAAGACUAUUCUCUCUCUAGGAAAACUGGCUUUUGAACAGCUGGAAAAAGGGAACCUGAUCUUCUAUGAGGAGGACCUGAAAGAAAGCGGCAUUGAUGUCAGAGAAGUGUCAGUGUACUCAGGAGUUUGUACCCAGAUCUUCAGACAGGAGUUUGGACUGCAGCUGGGGAAGGUGUACAGCUUUGUUCAUCUGAGUAUUCAGGAGUUUCUUGCUGCUUUAUUCAAGCUGCUGUCCUUUACUGAUCAAAACACAGGACUGAGGAAUGUGUUCAGGUCACCAAUGACCAGUUUACUGAAGGGAGAAGUGGACAAGGCCUUACAGAGUGAGAACGGACACUGGGAUCUUUUCCUCCGGUUCCUUCUCGGUCUCUCACUAGAGUCUAAUCAGACUCUCUUACGAGGCCUCCUGAGAAAGACAGUAAGCAGCUCUGAUAUCAAUCAUGAAACAGCUGAAUACAUUAAACAGAAGAUCAGGGAGAAUCCCUCUCCAGAGAAAUCCAUCAACCUGUUCCACUGUCUGAAUGAACUGAAUGAUCGUUCACUAGAGCAGGAAGUUCAAACAUACCUGAGCAGUACAAGUGACUAUCGUCUCCUUGGAGUCAGACUGUCUGCUGCUCAGUGGUCGGCUCUGGUGUUUGUGCUGUUGAACUCAGAAAAAGAGCUGGAUGAGUUUAUAUUGCGUAAAUAUGAUCUAUCAGAAGAAUGUUUUCUGAGGCUGCUACCAGUGAUCAAAGCAUCUAGAAAGGCUAACAUAUGCAGGCAAACGGAUCUCAAUACGAUAAAUGAAGGUGCGGACGCCCAUGUAGUGUGCAGUUUUUCCAGCUGCGCGUGCUUCUUCUACCAUAGGCCACAGCUUCUUUUGUCUUUCUCUGUCCAGUGGAGUAAGGUCUUCCAUGAACCACAACCCAUUGUCCUUUAAAAUAAGCCAAAGACUUCGCUGCCUUCCACACAGCAUCCCAGACAAUGCGUGAUGUAAACUGUACUAUGACAGUGCGAGGGACAGUCUUGCUGCCAAUUUGAUUCUUCUUUUUCCCCAAUCUGUGAACUGAGUCUAUAGCAAAGGAGAAUUUGCCCUUGCUGUCAGGAUAUGUUUGCUCACACAUGUGGAUGACUUCAUCCCUGAUGUUCUCCUCCUCCUUUUCUGGAACUCCUCUCAGCUAAACGAGUUUCACAUCGCUGCUCCCCGAGUUGCAACCGAGAAGUUAGGUGGUCAACUUUCACUUUCACAUCUUUGACUUCCACAGUCUUUUUCAAGCCCUCAAUUUUCAUAGCGUUCGGGGUAUCCAGGGUUUUACCAAAACCGGGAUCAGUAACAGCAGUAAGUGUGUAGUCGUGCAUAUCUACAGAAACAUCCAUCAGACUUUUCCACCGUUCUUUUGGUUUUUCAACACUUCUUGACAUAUUUAUGCCACAGUUACAUUCUCAAUAAAGCACACAACGGAUGCAUAAGGUAGCCAGUUGAGAGCAGACAGUUUACGCAAGUUAUAUUAUUUUUUGUCAGCAGAGCUACUAAAAGUUAUCUUAACAUGCUGCCAUCUUGUAGCCGUCCCCAGAAAGUGUCCGACUUGACGGCUCCAUUUUCAACUCCGCCCCCGACUGCUCUCGACUAAUCUCGUUGAUCGCUGUCUGUAGCUUCAAGUUGAACACACAUAUUGAAGCACUGUAUCAGAACUUGAUUAGUUUUGAGAAAAGCAUGUGAUCUAUGACGUCCAAAGCUUCAAUAAUUUGAAAACCACGUGACUGCUUCAGUAUCUGGUUCAAACUAAAGUGAACCUCAGUGCUGUUUCCUUUACAUUGUAUUACAUUUUAAUGUGUUAGCAUGGUUUAUUUAUCUAUUUUUUUAAGUAAUUUAUAUAUUGAGCUCAAAAAUGAACUUUGCCCGUGAAGUAACAGUCUAAGGAAGUCAAAAAUAAACAGAUCAUACAUUUAAUUUAUGAAUUUAUGUUUCAUUUAUUUUACUUAUUUUAGUGCUAGUACACAGACACAAAUGAAUGACUGACAAUGAC